AUCUUGUUUGUGAUUCUGCCUGGAAAGUCCACAUUGCUAAGUUCUCCCUGCUUGUAGGGUUAAUCUUCGGCCACCUGAUAACAGGAUGUAUAGCCGACUGGGUUGGUCGACGGCCUGUACUGCUCUUCUCUGUCAUAUUCAUUUUGAUAUUUGGACUGACUGUGGCACUCUCAGUGAAUGUGACCAUGUUCAGCACACUCAGGUUUUUCGAGGGAUUUUGCCUGGCUGGAAUAGUCCUGUCCCUGUACGCACUGCGGAUAGAGCUCUGUCCUCCCGGGCACCGGUUCAUGAUCACCAUGGUGGCGAGCUUCAUCGAGAUGGCGGGGCAGUUCCUCAUGCCCGGGCUGGCUGCCCUCUGCAGGGACUGGCAGGUCCUCCAGGCAGUCAUCAUCUGUCCCUUCCUGCUGAUGCUGUUCUACUGGGUUAUUUUCCCAGAGUCUCUUCGGUGGUUGAUGGCUACACAACAGUUUGAGGCAUCCAAGGAACUGAUCCUUCAGUUCACGCACAAGAACAGGAUGAACACAGAAAGUGACAUCAAAGGAGUGGUGCCUGGGCAUAGGAUGGACGAAUCAGUGCAUAGGAUGGACGAUGAUGUGGGAAUGAAGCUGUUGUCUGUUCCUCAUUUGUUGCAGAAUUUGGAAGAGCUGGAAAAGGAAAUCACCAGGAGACCUAAGAAAGUCUGCAUUGUUAAAGUGGUGGGAACAAGGAACCUGUGGAAAAACAUCGUCGUGUUGUGUGUCAACUCGCUGACUGGUUAUGGUAUACACCACUGUUUUGCAAAAAGUAUGAUGGGGCAUGAAGCGAAGAUGGCAAUUACCCACAACUUCUACGCGGACUACUACACCAUGGCUGGGAUUGCGCUGGCAUCCUGCCUGGCCAUGUGCCCCGUGGUCGGGUUCCUGGGGAGGAGAGGAGGACUCCUGCUCUUCAUGAUACUUACAGCUCUGGCAUCACUUCUGCAGCUGGGCCUUCUCAACUUGAUUGGAAAAUACAGUCAACUUCCAGACUCAGGUAUGAGUGACAGUGUCAAAGACAAAUUCUCUGUUGCAUUUUCCAUCGUGGGAAUGUUUUCUUCGCAUGCUGUUGGAAGCCUCAGCGUGUUCUUCUGUGCUGAAAUCACACCCACAGUAAUCAGGGGAGGCGGGCUGGGGCUGGUGCUGGCCAGCGCGGGUUUUGGCCGCCUGACCGCCCCCAUCAUGGAGCUGCACAACCAGAAAGGUUACUUCCUCCACCAUGUCAUCUUCGCCUGCUGCACACUCAUCUGCAUCAUCUGCAUCCUGCUGCUGCCCGAGAGCAAGAACCAGAACCUGCCUGAGAACAUCCCGGACGGGGAACAUUACACCCGGCAGCCCCUCCUGCCGCACAAGAAGGGGGAGCAGCCCCUGCUCCUGACAAACUCUGAACUCAAGGAUUACUCUGGCCUCCACGACUCAGCAGCUGUGAGUGAUGGCAUCUCGGAGAACACCACUGCCAACGGGAUGAAGUCGAUGUAACUGGGUGGAUUUUUUUCCUUCUCCCUUUUUUCUUUUUUAAUUAUUUUAUUUCCCCUUCUUAUAUUUCUUCUCUUCCUUUUGUAUUUUAUUUGAUGCUGUUGUGCGGGAGGAGUUGCACUUUGGGCAAAGGUGUUUUGCACAGAUUUUACAAACCAGUGAUGGAGAAGACACAAACUUAGAGGAAUUCAACUCUGCUACUAAAGCAAAUUUUGGCAUCUUCAACAGUUGUGCAGAUUACUCUUGAAAAGUUUUGGGGGAAAAGACUCAUUUGAGAAAAGACCUGGCUGGCAGUAGCCCUUCAGAACUCUUUUUUUCCUGCCAUUAAAUAUGUAUAUUUAUUUUGAUUUAUUCUCAAGAAGCACUUUAUUUCCUUUUCCUUUCAUAGAUCACAAAAAUGAAGCCAUCUUUUAAGAGGUGCAGCCAUUCCAAGAAAGAAACCAUGGGGGGAGGGGGAGUGUUGUUUUCUGUUUUGUUUUUUGUGUUUCUUUAAAGGAAAGAGGGAUUCACUGGUUGAAUUGACUUAACCUUAGAUUUGUGCAACAUUCUUCUGCCUGUCUAGAAAGUCCAAGUGCCCAGAUUGCCUGCUGUGUUUGUAUACACUAAAAAAAAAGGAAAAAAAGAAAAAGAAAAAGCAAAGCAAAACCUGUUGUGACUCAAACUCUGACUGCAUGUUAGGCAGCUUAUAUUUGUCUUUAUAGCCCAUGUGCACUUAAGUUACUUUCUAAAUUAGUCCUUUCUUGUUUUCACUGAAUGCAUUGGAGAAAAUCCUACCCCAAGAAGCUGGUUUUUCAAUAAGAAUCAGCUUUCUGCAUUUUAAGAAUAUUUUUAUCUAUUUUAGGUGGUUGCCACUGGUCCUUAAUUAUAAUGUAGAUGAUGCAAAAAUGAGUUUUGUCUAGAAUGGCUAAAAUUAUCAGGAGGUCCAGGAUCUCUGACUGGUCCAAGAAAAAUGCAUAGACCAGCGGUGAUAAAUAAUAAGGAGCGUGGGCAAUGAUCUAUACCUUUAUUCCAAGAGGCAGCAUAGCUGGGAUUUCUGCUCUUGGGAAAUGAGUGUCCUGGUAUUUGUUGUCUUAAGUGUUUUUAGAAUCAGGGUUUGGGUUUUCAAUUUAAGUGGGAAAACUGCUUAAAUGACUGUUGGAAAGAAAUUAAUUGAUAACCUGUGAAUAAUGACUUAUUGGCUUGGGCUCUUACAUCCUGGGCUCUUAAUGUGUUCUUGUUCUGACCCAAGAAUAUAUAAUGAACUCACCCUUAUUUCCCCACUUUCCCAACUGUUCUUGUAAGAUUUUAGUUCAGGAAAAAAAGUUUACUUAAAAUACACAAAGUGAACAUCCAGUUUACCUCCUGCUGUGCAGAUGGCACUUUGAUAGUGGCCACUUGACUUCUCUCCUCCAGCCCCCAAACUAUUUCCUUUGGCCAUUGGCUUUUGGUUCUCACUCAAACGUGAGGAUCUAGUUCAAUGCAAGGACUUUGAACAGCUUUCUUGCAUUGCAGUUAACUCUCCCUUCUCUCUCUCCCUCUUCUCCUUUCCCACUCAGGCCAUCCAUUUGUGAUUGCUCGGUAGUGCAGACGUUCAAGCACAGCAGCAGGAUGUCAAUGUUGUACUGAGUGUCUGUAUGAUUGCCACUUUGUUUGAUGUACAUCUUGCGUUCAUAUGCAGGGGAAGUGCUCAUUUGCACUCUCCUCCUCUACCUUCCCUCCCCCUUCCUCCCUUGCUGUAUAUAUUGUCGAUUAACUACUGUACCUAACAACUUCCAUCCUCCAUUAGGCUGCCAAUGUCCUCUUACAGUUCCCAAUAAAUCAGAGAUCCAUGCUCCCCGGCAAACCAUGCGGUAAAGUAGCACAGCCUCAGAUGCUGACGGAUGCAAGGGGACAGGCAGACCUGCAGAAGCAACAGAGGUGGUUGUGUUCAGAGUAACAAUGUUGUCCUAAAGCUGCUAAUUUUUACAGAGGAUUAUGUGGACAUUUGGGUUCUUCUUGAGCCUGGUAAGAAACACUGGACCAGUUGAUGGUAGUUUUGCCCAGAGUUACAAUACUGGUUUUUUUCACCUUUGCUAAACUUGCUGUGACAGCAAGAGCCUGAUCUUCCUUACACUCAAGUUUUAUUUUUAGGCUUGAGUGCGGCUGCUUCUUUUUGUUCUGUGCCGAGAACUUUGCAGUCUGUGUUCACCUGAGAAAAGAACCCAGCCCUCCCCCACUCGUGCAGUAUUCACACACCAAAUUUGUGCAAUACCUUUUGCCUUCAAUGUGAGAUGCUUGUUGCAAGCCACACACGUUCGGGGACGAAAGAAAUGGGUUCACAACAAAAAGCUGAAGAAGCAAAGCAAGGCUUCAGGGAAGAGAAAAAGGGUCUGAGAGAGGAGAAGGUGCAAGCGCAGAGGCAGAAAGCAGCACCCUGCCAUCCAUCAUGCUGUGGAGCCAGUGGAGCCAGUGGCUCCUUCCUUCAUGGUCUUCCUCGUGGCCCGUGUGCUCAAGCUCAAGCGGUACACCUCUUGCAGACCAUCCACAGGCCUAUAAACCCGGCUGCUUCCAGCACUGUCAGUGGUCCUGGUGAGCUCACCGCUGUUGUCCACAGCGCUUUAUCGUUUCCUAUUCUGGUGGCUGCUCUCCGAUGACAGACAGGCACAGGGGAAAGAAUACUUGUUUAAACAUAUCAGCAUUUAGAUAGUAAAUACAUUAGGUAACAGGAACAUGCAGCAAUUUUUUUGCUUUUUUUUUUGUUAAGAAAAAGAUCUUAUGAAGUUGAUUUGCUGCUUUUUUGCUUGAAAUCAGGUAGUCGGUACUGAUCUGCAAUGAAGGGAGCCCCAGCUUCUCUAGUCAGUCUGGCCCUCUGCCUCUACCACAAUAAAGUAAAAACUAACUUCUGCUUUGGCAGUUCUAGUUUUGCUCCUUUUCCUGAAAACAUGAACACUUCUGUGAUGACUAUGUUCUUCCACACAUGCUCAUGGAGUUGGAAAGCUUUCACUAAACCUAUCUUGUGUGGAGGAGCCAGGUACCAGGUGAUGCAGCAGGGCAGAAAGGAAGCAUGGGGAUGCUUGCCCUGCCUUGUCUAGUUCUGCAGCAGGACAGGACUCUCUGCUGGGGUCCCAGCCUGCUGUACCAUUGGCUCCUUGGCCAAGUCUCCUCUGCAGCCAUCACCAAGAAAGGCUUUUCUCAGGCGGCUUUUCUGGCCACCACAACAGGGGAAGCAGUCCAUGCUGUCUUGUCCAUUAUUGGCCUUUUUCUGUGAACCUUCAGUAACCUCUAAGCCCAUCAGUAGAUUUUUCUUUGGGUUUACCAUUUAAGGGCUUUCUCCAUCUUUGUAAGUUCAAACAAAAAUGUGAAGUGACAUUAUGCUUGAUCCUGGGGGCUUUGUGCCCCUUGUAAGGUUUCAGUACGGCUUUUGUUGCUGGACACACUGCAAAUGGAUAGCACAUGUUUGCAAGUGUUUUGUGGCCACUCUGAAAGGGGGUUGCGUGAUUUACUUUUGGGUUUCACUGAGCAGGCUUUUUUUGUUGUUGUCCUUUUUAGUGGAAGUAUUUUACUUAACUGUUGCCACUUCCUGGAGACAAACACUUUACUGGUCACCAAAUUGGAAGCAGAAGUGCCAUUAACUGAACUCUGUGAAUGUCAAGUCAAGUUGCGCCUGUAGCUGGCACAUAAGACAACACUAUUGAGUGGGGGGUGAUCUCCCCUACUGUAACUUUUUUUUUAUUUUUUAAGAAAAAAAUGGAAUUACAAACCUCAUUUUAAAUGUAUUGUGUAAAAUUUUUGGGAAAGGAGUAUGGUGUGUUUUGUCUAGUGGGUGAGAUCUCCCUCCCCAUUUCAGUUUCUGAUGAAGUUUUAAAGAAUCGUGUUACUGUAUGUUUUGAUCAUGAAUAGUCUGGUGGUGCUUCCUCAUAGCACAAGCUUAAAUCAAGUACUGAAAACAGUCUUACAAGCUAAAUGUCUGCAUGAUGUUACAUCUGUUGUACCUACUGAGAAGAACUUUGUAUGUAAAUGUACAGAAUAAAAUGACGUUGUCCCAUCAG